AUGCCGCCUUUCAACGUUUUCAAGGUCUUCGGUGGUUCCAACAAGUCUGCAAGCAAUGCUUAUCCACCACAAGGCGCACCCUCAUCGGUAUCUGGUCGGAAGCUUUCGCGAAGGAGGGAUAGGCAUUCCUCUCAUGCACAGCCGCCACAAAUGGCCUACCCUCCUACGCUCACCGUCAUAUCUGAAGACGAGUUAUCUCGUCACAUGUCCGUAAAUGAAGACCAUGGACACUAUGAAGCUGCACCCAGCAUGGCUCAUGGAUCGUAUAUGGGCGGCCACGACAUCCCCCCUCCCGCUCCGUCAGUCCUCAGCCACAGUCAGCUUCCCGUCGAACCAGGCCACCCUCGAGUGCGCCUGGUAGACCCCCCUGUACAGACCCACUAUGCUCAAUUCCACGAAGAACUCGAAGAUAGUGAAGCCACUCAGUCAGACGGCGAGGAUGGCCGAAAACAUAACCCGGAGAACAGAUCUACACAUUCGCGCUCUGUUCAUGGGCAAUCCAUCAGGUCGAACCGAGGGGAUCCUUAUAUGGGCAGAACACCAACACCUUAUCAUCCGGCGUCAGUUACGCACAGUAUCAGCGACACCCAACCACGCCCUAUCAUCAUAAACAACCCCGAACCCCCGCUCGCUCGAAGCUCUCGAACUCGAGACCGACAUCGAGACCACCCUGACGAGCAUGGCCGUCGCGCAUCGGCUAACGUCGCGACAGACGUUGAUCACAUGCCGUUUUCUAGCCAUCCACAGGGAACGUCCCCAACAACGCAAUACCCUCACUCCGGCUAUGGGCCUUCUACACAACCUCAGCGGCAGCAGGUACCAAGUGCCCAUCGUCGCACUACCCAUCGUAGCCGAAAGGAAUCCGCCCCGCCAUAUCUUGUUGGCCCAGAUGUCAACAAUACGUAUUGCUACAUUGUUCCCAGAGGCACCAAUGUAAUUUUCCAAGACGAGGAUGGACACGAAAUUACUAGGGUGGGCAAGUUCCAUCCAAUGUAUCCGUUGAGAGAGCCAUCGAACCCGGCGGUCAGGAAGCAUACUGUGCCGAUCGUCGUACAGGAUGAGUUCGGGCAGGAGCUCUACAGAACUGGGAGCAUCACCCAUAGGUCAUAUCCUGACCAAUCUGGGAGCCCAGUGAGAAGAAGUCCCUCCGUGACGCAACAUAGCUCACAACCAUUUCUCCCGUACCAACAUGGGGGCCCUAAUGUUGUUCUCGUCGAUCGGAGUGGACACCAAAUUCCCAUCGCUACAAAUCCAUACAGAACUACCCGAGACAUCCGAUCGGACCACUUCUAUUGA